AUGGAGCCUCUCGAAGUUCCCUUGGCGCCAGAGGCGACGUUCGUGAGGAUGAGAAAGGACUACUCCCGAUCUCUGCUUCAAUUUGAGCCUUCGCAGCAGCCUACUUGGGGCAGAGCAAGCCGCGGAUCCUGGAUGCGCUCAAUCGGAUCACUAUCUCUUGUGAUGUUCGCGCCGACAUUGGUCAUCUCCACCACUGUCACUCUUUCUGCAUUUCAAGGCUCUCUCUCCGAGUUCCUGAAGGCUGUUCUACAGGACGGAUUGAUCUCUGUUGUAUGGUCAAAUUGGCCGCAGUUCAGUCUCAAGGUCACGGGCGUGUUUGCGCUCUGGGUUAUGUUCCAAGGCAUCCUCUUCCGAUAUCUUCCAGGGCCAACACACCACGGUCAAAGAAGCCCCGCCGGACAUCUGUUGACCUAUCGAACUAAUGGAUUGAAUGCUUGGUUCGUUACCCAUGCAUUUGCCGCUGCGCUUUGCUACUUCGACGUUUUGGAUCCUGCCUUUAUCCCAAAGAAUUGGGGCGGUCUGGUCCUCUCAAUGAACGCUGCCGGCCUAGUGCUCUCUGCCCUGGCUUUCAUCAAGGCGCAUCUGAGGCCAACGCAUGCCGAUGAUCGGAAGUUUAGUGGAUCGGUAUUAUACGACUUGUACAUGGGAAUAGAGCUCAACCCAAGAAUUUGGGGUGAUUUCGAUCUAAAGUUAUUCACCAACGGUAGACCCGGCAUCAUUGCAUGGACGCUCAUUGAUUUGUCCAACAUCGCGUAUCAGUACGAGAUCCAUGGCUGGAUCGACCCUAACAUUGUUCUUGUUACCAUCCUGCACGCAGUAUAUGUUCUUGACUUCUUCGUCAAUGAGUCCUGGUACCUGCGCACCAUCGACAUUGCGCAUGAUCACUUCGGCUUCUACCUAGCUUGGGGAUCUUUUGUCUGGCUCCCUAGCAUGUACACCAUCCAAACCCAGUAUCUUGGACUCUACCCAACAGCCACAUCAACCAUUUACCAGGUCGCUAUCUUCUCUAUCGGAGUUGCUGGGUACAUCAUCUUCAGGUCCGUCAACAGCCAAAAGGACCGGGUUCGGCGUUCCAAUGGCAGUUGCUCCAUCUGGGGGAAGCCAGCAAAGGUCCUUGGUGCAUCUUACAAGACCUCGGACGGACAGAGUCAUCAGAGCCUUCUCAUUUGCAGUGGCUGGUGGGGCUGGUCGCGUCAUGCCAACUACUUGGGAGAUUUGCUUUUGAGUAGCGCAAUGUGUGCUUUGGUGGGAUCUGACAAAUGCUUGGUAUGGUUCUAUGCGAUGUUCAUGACGAUCUUGCUGUUGCACCGGUGCACACGCGACGAGGCAAGGUGUUCGGAGAAGUAUGGAUCGAUGUGGGAGGAGUACUGCAAGAUUGUUCCGUGGCGAAUCUUACCUGGUGUUUGGUGA